CAGCACACUCUCAAGUGCAGCUAGCGGAUUCUCAGAAAACUCAGUUGUUAAUUUCAAACGACAAAAUGUCUGAGGAUAGAGCUGAAAGAUCAGAUGGAAAGGUUGUGAAGAUGGAAAUUGAUUACAGUUCUACUGUAGAUCAACGUCUUCCAGAGUGUGAAAAAAUGGCAAAAGAAGGAAGACUUCAGGAAGCUACUGAGAGUUUACUGUCUUUGGAAAAGCAGACAAGAACGGCUUCGGACAUGGUGUCAACUUCCAGGAUUUUAGUUGCCAUAGUGCAGAUGUGCUAUGAGGCUAAAGACUGGGACGCCCUGAAUGAAAAUAUUAUGCUCCUGUCCAAAAGGAGGAGUCAGCUGAAACAGGCUGUGGCAAAGAUGGUACAAGAGUGUUAUAAAUACGUGGACGCUGUGAGUGACCUCACCAUCAAACUGAGGCUUAUCGACACCCUGAGGACAGUUACAGCCGGCAAGAUCUACGUGGAAAUCGAGCGCGCCAGACUUACUAAGACACUGGCUAACAUUAAGGAACAAAAUGGAGAAGUUAAAGAGGCAGCGUCCAUCCUACAGGAGCUGCAGGUGGAGACUUAUGGCUCCAUGGAGAAGAAGGAGAAAGUAGAGUUUAUCCUGGAACAGAUGAGACUGUGCAUCGCUGUGAAGGACUACAUCCGCACUCAGAUCAUCAGCAAGAAAAUCAAUACCAAGUUCUUCCAAGAGGAGGGUACAGAGGAACUGAAGUUGAAAUACUACAAUUUGAUGAUUCAAGUUGACCAGCAUGAGGGCUCCUAUCUUUCUAUAUGCAAACACUAUCGGGCCAUAUACGACACGCCCUGCAUCCUGGAGGAUAGUGCAAAAUGGCAGCAGGCCCUGAAGAGUGUUGUGCUUUACGUGAUCCUGGCUCCUUACGACAAUGAGCAGUCCGACCUAGUACACAGAAUCAAUGCUGACAAGAAGCUGGAAGAAGUCCCCAAGUACAAGGAUCUUCUGAAGCAGUUCACUACCAUGGAACUCAUGCGCUGGGCGUCUGUAGUGGAGGAUUACGGGAAGGAGCUGAGAGAGGGGUCAGCUGACAGCCCAGCUACUGAUGUCUUCACUUACACAGAGGAGGGAGAGAAGAGAUGGAAGGAUCUGAAAAACAGAGUGGUAGAGCAUAACAUAAGAAUCAUGGCCAAGUAUUACACGAGGAUUACAAUGAAAAGGAUGGCCGCACUUCUUGACCUCUCUGUCGAUGAGUCAGAGGAGUUCCUCUCUAAUUUGGUGGUUAACAAGACCAUUUACGCCAAGGUGGAUCGGUUAGCAGGCAUCAUCAACUUCCAGAGGCCCAAGGACCCCAACGACCUUCUGAACGACUGGUCCCACAAACUGAACUCCCUCAUGUCCCUGGUCAACAAAACCACUCACCUCAUUGCCAAAGAGGAGAUGAUCCACAACUUGCAGUAAAUGGGAGUGAGGAAGGAUGACAUUUUUUUUUUCAUUUGCCUCUUGGAUUAGCUCUGAAUCUCAGUGAUGAAGCCAGAUCAGAUCAGAAUGAAACCAGAUCAGAGUGGCUUUCUCUCUGAUGAACUGUAAUCUGGACAGGGCAUAUAUACCUCCCCUUUAGCCUCCUUCUAUCUGUACUUGUUUAAUGGUACACUUUAAAGACACAUUUUUUUUUUUUUGCUGCAGUAAAAUGUUAUAAAUUGUCAAUACCCUUUAUCCUGAAAAAUCUGAACAAGGCCCGCCCUUGUCGUAACUGUAUUGCGCUGUCCGAGAAUGUAGUCCAGUUUAAAUUCGACAAACACAGAGGGUCUCUCUCAGUGCUUCACACUGUUUCAACAUGUAAAUGUUGUGGGAUUCAGUUUAUGAAAGCAAAAGUUUGUUUUUUCAGUUUAUUGAACAUAAAGCAGCCAUUGCUGUAUUAAAGCAUUGCUCUAAGCUUAAUUGCAUUUUUUUUAUGUGUAACCUUUGAGUCUUCAUUAAAUCCUCUCACUUGGUGGACAUUUCUACAUUUCCUU